AUGUCCGACCACCUCUAUUGGCUUGAUUCCCGCACACCGACAAUCUAUCCGCACUUCGCCGAGCCGUCCUUCGCCACCGACCCUUUCGAUGCCAGCGACUAUGGCCUUCCGUCCCUUGAGGAGAUCACGCGUAUGGUCCAGCAUGCUUUCGAUGAGGCUCUCCAAGAACGCGGAUAUAACUCGAUCGCCUACGCAGAGCCGGAGCCCGUAUACGAACCGCCUUCGUCCCGCGGCGUUGCUCGUCCAAUCGAGCCAGACAUUUCCGUGCCCGAUACGUCCGUAUCUGUGUCCGCCGCCGUCAUCUAUGACGUCCUCGACGAUUUCGUCACCGAUCAGUGUCACCUCGCGCCGAUCGUCUCCAUCGCCGGAUACAACACGUUCAAACACCAAUUCGACGCGCUCACCGACCCGCUGGUGUCGCUCAGCAUUGUCAAGCCGCACGUACGCGAUGCGUACUUCGCCGACGCACUUCAGCUCUCGCCUUUGGACCACGCCGUGGUAUUCGUCGCGCUCGCAUCAAUCUCCCCGGACGCAGACCGACCGUACCCUGCCGAGCUUGUAGACGCCGUUGUACGACAAUAUUUUUCACAAGCUUCACUAGAACUCGAACUCGAUCAGCAACCUCUACGCGCCUUUGUCAACGAUCCGGACGUCUUCGCCGCCCGUCCGCCUCCGUCAUGCCCACUCUUUAGCGUUGCCAUCUCGGACUCGGCAAAUCAAGACGAAGAUUUCAUUCUGCAUCCGCACUCGGGUUCCUAUGCAAUGUACAACGAAACAGGUCUAUCUGCGCAGGAACGUCAGCUAAGUUCGCCAUGCCCGUUUCUGCUCGACAUACCUACUACGCAAUGCGCCGACGAUCUUUCCGCUCCGAAUACGCCAUACGUGCCGCCAUAUACGCCUGACUUCGACCGCUCCGACGGGCCCGACUGCACGUUUCCGCCGUACGCGCCACUACCGAUUUCGUUGGAGCCACAGCUAUACCUCGACCAGCCGCAACCGUCGCCGCCCGUCCUGCCGUAUGUUCCGUCCGAGUCCGUCCCGUCGCCGCACGAGUUGUUCAAGCACGGAUCUCUCCAUUCGUCAACGUUACAGCCGCCCAAGUCGCUGAUUGAAGCAUCGCCCGUUCCCAACGUUGCGGACACGAACCCGAUGGUCAAGAUGCCGCCCGAGCAAGAUAUUGUCGAGCCCGCUGUCGCGUUGCCGCCCGUUCGAGACGCCGACCCGCUAUUAUUGAAGAAUUUUUACCCCCCAGACUUCGCCGCAUUCCAGUCUGUCCAGCCUCUUCUCGAGUUGCACGGAUCUGAGCAGCCAGAUUUGUCGUUCGCUGUGCCGCCCAGUCCCGCUAUCAUCGAAGAUACCGUCGUGCCGCCAAGGAACACUCCGUCAUCGCCUCAAACCGAGAACGCCGCCGCCGAAGAGGUUGUCGCUUUGCCGCCCGAGAUCCGUCUGCCGAAAAAGCCAGGCUCUGACAGUGACGCCGCCUUCAAGUCCGUUCCGUGCUUGUCGCCCAGGAAAUCAGUAUCCGCGAAGCCUGCGUCUAGUCCGCCCGAUGUCGCCGUCGAGAGAACCGGUCCAGAGAUAUGCGCCGAGUUUCACCGCCAGUCCGUCAUGGUGGUUCAAGACGAACCGUGUUUCGCGCCGCUCCCGUCGCUUUCCCCGCGUUCGGAAUUCCCCAUCGUUGCCUAUCCGUCGCCGCCCUCCCGUCCGUCGAUGGUGGACAUCCUGGCCACCGCGUAUCUCUCCCGUUCGCCCCGCCGCUUGCCCUUGCAUCUCGCUCUACGCCCUCGUCGGGUUCCGCCGCAUUUCCGGUUUCGCCACAACGUGUUACGCGCGCGUAGCAUUUCCGCGGCUCGCGUACGCGCCCCGGGUUCGGACCCGCCGUCUCAACAAGGCUACCCGGUCAACAUCAAGGCGUCGCCGGUAGAAUCGCCCCUCCCGUGCUAG